GUGCUGAUGGACUUCCCGAAGCUUACCAUGACACUUCCUGAUGGCCGUGAAGAGUCUGUGAUGAAGCGUACCACUCUUGUGGCUAACACAUCCAACAUGCCUGUGGCUGCUCGAGAGGCAUCGAUCUACACUGGUAUUACUCUUGCUGAGUACUUCCGAGACAUGGGAUACAACAUGGCCAUGAUGGCUGACUCCACGUCUCGAUGGGCAGAAGCUCUUCGUGAAAUUUCUGGGCGUCUUGCUGAAAUGCCUGCUGACAGUGGUUACCCUGCGUACCUGGCUGCCAGGCUGGCCUCUUUCUAUGAGCGCGCUGGUAAGGUUCAGUGCCUCGGCAGCCCUGACCGCACAGGAAGUGUCACUAUUGUCGGUGCCGUGUCUCCUCCUGGUGGUGAUUUCUCGGAUCCUGUCACAGCCGCUACGCUCGGUAUCGUCCAGGUGUUCUGGGGUCUGGAUAAGAAGCUCGCUCAAAGAAAGCAUUUUCCGGCUGUUAACUGGCUCAUUUCCUAUUCCAAGUACACCAACGCGUUGGAGUCUUUCUAUGAUGUGGAAUCGCCAGAUUUCAUUUCCCUUCGUACCAAGGCCCGUGAGGUUCUUCAACGUGAGGAUGACCUGAACGAGAUUGUGCAGCUUGUCGGAAAGGAUGCCCUUGCUGAAGGUGACAAGAUCAUUCUGGAGACAGCUCGUCUGCUGCGUGAAGACUACCUGGCCCAGAACGCCUUUUCCUCGCAUGACAAGUUCUGCCCUUUCUACAAGUCUGUAUGGAUGCUUCGCAACAUCAUCCUGUUCUAUCAGCUUGCAACCCAGGCUGUGGAGAGGGCAGCAGGUUCAGAGGGCCAGAAGAUCACUCUCAAUGUCAUCAAGCAGAGGCUUGGUGACCUUAUCUACAAGAUUGUGUCCCAGAAGUUCGAGGACCCCGCAGACGGGAAGGCGGUGUUGGAGGCCAAGUAUCAGAAGCUGAGCGAAGAGCUCACAGCUGCUUUCCGCAGCCUGGAGGAUGAUUACAGCGAGCUGUUGGAAGGGCUGCUGAGGGAGCUCAUCUGCGUGUACUGCACGGACCUCGUCGACCCCACCGACGCUCUUCAGGCUGCAUGUGGACAUGUGUUCUGCUCGCCAUGUGUGCAUGAAGCCAUCGAGAAGAAAUGCGUGACGUGCCCCAUGGAUCAGUCGCCCGUGCAAGAUCAUCUUCGCCCCCUAAGGGAAGCAAAUCCUAUCGUUUUCCGCCAGCUUGGCAGCACGGAGGUCCGGUGUGCGAACUACACACAUGGGUGUAAUUGGAGGGGAGAGUUGCUAGACGUGAAGCAGCACUUGCUAAAGUGCAAGACACAGCCCCGGCACUGCCAGUGUUGCGCCACCUCUCGCGCCGAGUUGAUUCAGGCCAAGAAGCUGAUCGUGGGGUACGAGCACCUGGUGUCGGACCUACAGGGGGAAAUCCAGGCUUUGACUGAGGAGGUGGGGGCGCUAAAGGGGCAGGUGCAGCAGAAAGCGCGGAUUUUGCUUGCAGCAGGAGGGGCGGAUCUUGCUGGAGCCGUGAGAAGCCUGCAGGUGGGAUCUCAGGUGGGACCUCAGGUGAUUUCUCAGGUGAAAUCCGAUCCUACUUCCAACGCGCCUGAGCGUGUUGCCAAAGGAACAGCACCACCAGGUUCAGCAGCAGCAGCUCCUUCUAAGAAGCUUCCUGCACCACACUCACUCGCCUCUCGGUCAUUUGCAAAGUCUCAGAUGACUCUAGCGAGGCAGCCUUGGCAGGGAGGGUUUCUUGUGGGCAGCCUUCCCGGGCACACGGACCGCGUGACCAAAAUUAUCGUCUGCCCGAGAGGCGAGAUUAUUUUCUCGGGCAGCCUGGACGGCACGAUUCGUCUGUGGCGGCGGAAUCAGAUCUCGGCUCAUCUGCUGGAUACGAUUGUGUGCUCUGGUGGAGGAGGGGGAUGGGACAGUGCUGCCAACAGUGGUGAGUAUUGGUCGGGUGAAUAUAGUUCGGGUGAGCAAGGGAGCGGAGGGAGAAGAGAUGCUGCUGCUGCGGUCUUUGAUUUGGUUCUAGACCCCGUUUCAGGCACUCUGUUCUCGUGCAGUGAGGAUGGGAAAAUCAGAAUGUGGAGGGAUGGGAGGUGUGUGGGGUGCACUGGUUGCAGGAGAGGCGGAGAGAGGUGGGGAGAGAGGUGGAGAGGAGGAGGAGGGGGAGGAGGAGCGGGUGGAGAUGUGGAGGGGGGGUUUGAGUUUGGGUCGCUGCCGCUGCGCAUGGCAUGGCAUGACGGGGUGCUACUGGUAGCGUUUAGUGACGGCGAGGUGAGUGCUUGGGCUGUGGUGGAGGAUGCUGCAGCUUGGGCGCAGCAGCAGCAGCAGCAGCAGCAGCAGCAAGGGCAGAGGGGUGUAUUGCGACGAGUGGGUGUGUUACGAGCCGGUACAAGCACCCCGUCUCACUUAACCAGCAACACCAGCGGUGGUGGCGGCGGCGGCAGCGGCGGCGGUGGGAGAGGCGGCAGCAGUGGUAGCAGGGAUUGGGAUAGAGACUGGGAUAGGGAGCACACGGGUGGUGGCCGGGGCGGUGGAGACAGCACCAACGCUUCCCCCUUCAAGCACGGGUUUGCCGAUGUGGUAACCGCACCCGACGGAACCAUCUACUUCACAGCCAAUCACGAGCCGCCGAGGGAGGGCGGUGGGAGCAGCAGAGGAGCAGCAGAGGAGGGGCAGGAGAACCCUCGUUUGUUUAGGGGUGGUGCUGUGGCAGCUUUACGACGUCUCAAAGCUAGCAGUGGGAGCAUUGGGGGCAAUGAAAGCAGAGGAGGAGCAGAGGAGGAGCAGGAGUAUCCUAUCUGUGUGUAUAGGGGUGGUGCUGUGGCGGCAUCUCUUAGAGGGCACAAGGCACAGGUGAUUUCCCUUGCUGUGGGUCCUCCCCUUCUCUUCUCCGGUGAAGAUAAUGGCAGCAGCAGUGGAGGUGGGAAUGGCAUGGGUGCUGGUGCUGCUGGUGGUACUGCUGGUGCGAGUCCUUACUUUGCAGCUGGACCCACCCUCUAUUCCCUCUCUCUUGACGGAGAGGUGAGGAUCUGGAGCGGCGGGAAGUGCGUGGAUGUGCGGCAGGAUUGGGCGGCGAGAAAUUGUCUUGUAGUGGGCCCCGAUUCGGCGGUUUACUGCCCUGGAGGUGGGAAGUACACUGGCAGUGGUGGGAAUGGUGGUGCUAGUGGUGGUGGUGGGUUUGAGGGUUGGGGAGGGGGUGACAGCACUGGCAGGGGGAUUACCUUUGCGUGGCGUGGGCGGCGUCUUUUGGCGGCAUUCGAGGAUGGAAUGGUGUCGGGAGGGGAGGAGGUGUGUGCGUUGGCGUUGGGGAGGGAUGGGACUUUGUAUUGUGGCGAGAGGAGGGGGACAAUCAGGGUGUGGCAUGCUAGUGAGGCUUAG